AUGAGCGUCACAGACCGCCUCAGCGGCCUCCCGGACACGCUCCUCCGCGACAUCGUCUCGCGCCUCCCCGUCAAGGAUGCUGCACGCACCGCCGUACUCUCCCGGCGCUGGCGCCCCGUCUGGCUAUCCGCCCCGCUCGUCCUCUACGACGCCCACCUCCUCCCCGACCCCGCCGCCAAGGACGAGAUCCCGAGCCACGUGAAGCACGCCGACUUGGACGCCGCCGCCGCUGACGUCUCCCGUAUUCUCGCCGCGCACGACGGCCCGUUCCGCUGCGCCUACCUCACUUGCAGCAACAUGGACGGGGACCGUACCCGGGUCGCGUGUUGGCUCCAGCUCCUGGCCAUCAAGGGCGUCGAGGAGCUCUUCCUCAUCAACCGCCCUCCACUCCAGAUCGACAGGCACGUCCCCGCCACGUUCUUUAGCAUGGCGGCGCUGAGCCGCCUGUACCUCUGCUUCCUGAGGUUCCCCAUCACGGCCGGCUUCCCGCGUGGCGCCGCGUUCCCCCGCCUCCGCGAGCUCGGCCUCUGCAGCGUCGCGAUGGAAGGCCACGGCGACAUGGAGUUCAUCCUCGCGAGGAGCCCCACGCUGGAGACCCUCUGCUUCGAGGGCCACAUGUUCCCACCGCUGCGCCUGCGCCUCAUCAGCCGCAGCCUCUGGUGCGUGCAAAUCCACCACUCCAAAGUGAAGAGCAUCACCAUGGUGGACGCACCGCGGCUCGUAAGGCUCAUCAUCAUGAACUCGCCGCUCAAGUGCGAGGGCCCGUGCAGGAUCGAGAUCAGCAACGCGCCGUCGCUGCGCUUGUUCGGAUACUUCAACCCAGUUAUGCACGUGCUUCACACUACAGGAAAACGGGCUUGGACAUUGGUGAAUGAAAGGGCCAUGGUCCCAGCGAUGAAGAUCCUGGCCUUGGAAUUCCAUUUCCGACUCCGCAAUGAUGCCAAGAUGCUGCCCAGCUUCCUCAGAUGCUUUCCCAACGUUGAGAGGCUGUACAUUCAUUCUGAGAAAGUUAACGAACCCACUGGCAAGCUCAACUUCAAGUUCUGGCAGGAGGCCGGCGCCAUCGAGUGCGUCGAGUCGCGCGUCAAGCUGUUGGUGUUCCAUGACUUCCGGGGGGAGAACAGCGAGCUUGCCUUCCUCAAGUUCUUCGUCGAGAGCGCACGUGCGCUGGAGAGGCUGACGAUCGUGUGCGCCAGCGGGUGUUUCAGCUCAGUGGAUGAGGCGAGGUCAAAAGUGAAGAAGGCUCUGUUCGCUGGGAGAAAGGGCAGCGAACGCUGCGCGCUGCUGGUACUGGAGUGUGCGCCGGAGGGAGAAGGUACACCUUGGACCUACGAGAGAGGCUUUGAUUUCUCUCGUGCAGACCCGUUUGCGUUCGUCGUGCCUACCUAA